GGGGAAAAAAUUAAAAAGGCCUUUAUUAGCCGCUCCAAUAUUUUUAGGCCGGAGGAGUUCCUUCUGUUGGUACCACCAUUGUAACACCAAUCCCAUCAUUACCUGUUACCAAACAACCCCAUAAAUAACAAGCAAACAUGGCCAUCAGAAUAUAGCAAGAAUUUCGUACUCCAUCCUCCAAUCGCAGUAAGUUUCCACCUCUACAACCUCCCUGCUAUUUCUUUAAUCUCAUUCGACGGUUAUCCGUUCACCCCCGGUAACCCGGAGCCACGCAAGGAGGGAAAGAAAGCCAAGAAGGGCACCGUCUUUGUUCUUCGGCGAGAGGGAACGAGGAAAGAAGGGAAGAGGAGAGGAGAAGGAGCGAGAGGGACGAGGUCUCGAUCUCUCUCGCUCUCUCUCUCUAUCUCUCUCUCUUGGAGAAAUGGAGUUGGAUAGUAUCGAGUGCGUGUCGUCGUUGGAGGAGAUGGACGAGGAGAAGGCGGCCCUGCUCCAUCACCACCUAUCCUCGAAGCCCCAUUCCGGUGGGGUCAAGGCGAGGAUCUCUGCGGCCGCAACUAGCGUCCACGAGCUUCUUGAGUGCCCCGUCUGCACCAAUUGCAUGUACCCUCCGAUCCACCAGUGCCACAACGGGCAUACACUGUGUUCAGAAUGUAAAAUAAGGGUACACAACCGCUGCCCUACUUGUAGACAGGAGCUUGGAGACAUCAGGUGUUUAGCAUUGGAGAAGGUGGCAGAAUCACUUCAGCUUCCGUGCAAGUAUAGCUCGCUAGGUUGUCCAGAAAUCUAUCCAUAUUACAGCAAACUCAAGCAUGAAGCUCAGUGCGACUUCAGACCAUACAACUGCCCAUAUGCAGGUUCUGAGUGCCCUGUGGUAGGAGACAUUCCUUUCUUGGUUACACAUUUAAGGGAUGACCAUAAAGUAGACAUGCACAGUGGAUGUACGUUCAACCAUCGGUAUGUGAAGUCCAAUCCACGAGAGGUUGAAAAUGCUACCUGGAUGCUGACUGUCUUCAACUGUUUUGGGCAGUACUUCUGCUUACACUUUGAGGCAUUCCAGCUGGGGAUGGCCCCAGUAUACAUGGCAUUUCUGCGCUUCAUGGGUGAUGAGAAUGAAGCAAGAAAUUUCAGCUAUAGUCUUGAGGUUGGGGCCAAUGGCAGAAAGCUAAUAUGGGAAGGCACCCCCCGAAGCAUCCGUGACAGCCACCGCAAAGUGCGGGACAGUCAUGAUGGCCUCAUAAUCCAGAGAAAUAUGGCACUCUUCUUCUCUGGGGGAGAUAGGAAAGAGCUGAAGCUGCGGAUUACGGGUCGCAUAUGGAAGGAGCAACAAAACCCUGAUUCUGGAGUGUGCAUACCCAAUCUCUGUAGCUGAAACAAGUCCAUCUGUAAAAUUUGCAUCUCUCGAAUCCACCUUUUGUGUCAGUGUUAUCUUCGUUACUUGUUGGUAACAUUGUUUUCCAUUUUAUGUUUAAAUUAAGGAUAGAGGGAGAGAUGUUGUGAAUUCUCUAAUAACAAGAUUUAAGUUGUGAAUUGUCUAAAAA